AUGUCUGACGUGGAGGAAGAGCGCGAUUGUUAUGCCUCUCCACACUUUCAUCUUGUUUGGUCUUUCUGUCACUCACUUUUUUCUGCAGAGGAAGAGGAGUACCAGGGAGAAGGAGAGGAGCGACCCAAAUACAAGCCAAUGGUGUCCCAGCUCGCUGCCCCUAAAAUCCCUGAGGGUGAGCGGGUAGACUUUGAUGACAUCCACAGAAAGAGGAUGGAGAAAGACCUGCUGGAGCUUCAGACUCUCAUCGACGUUCACUUUGACCAGAGGAAGAAGGAGGAAGAGGAGCUGAUCGGACUGAAGGACAGGAUUGAGAGCCGGCGGGCGGAGCGGGCCGAGCAGCAGCGCGUGAGGGCCGAGAAAGAGCGAGACCGACAGACAAGGAUUGCGGAGGAACGGCAGAGGAAGGAGGACGAGGAGGCCAAAAAGAGAGCAGAAGAUGAAGCCAAGAAGAAGAAAGUGCUCUCCAACAUGGGGGCUCAUUUCGGAGGGUUUCUGGCCAAGGCUGAGCAGCGGAGAGGGAAGAAACAAACAGGGAGGGAGAUAAAGAAGAAGACUCUGGCAGAGAGACGUAAACCGCUGGCAAUCGACAACCUGCGAGAGGAUGGCCUGAGAGCCAGAGCCCAGGACAUGUGGGAGUGGAUUUACCAGCUGGAGUCAGAGAAGUUUGACCUGACCGAGAAGAUGAGGAGACAGAAGUAUGAGAUCAACGUCCUCCUGAACAGAAUCCAACAUGCUCAGAAAUUCAAAAAAGUUCAUGGUAAGGGAAAGGUCGGAGGUCGUUGGAAGUGAAAACAUGAAGGAAAUGCAAGA